GACAGGACUUGAUUACUGGUGUUUUGGAGAACUUCGACCACCGGCUGAGAACCCUCCCCUCACUCUCAACCCUUUGCCUGCUGGAGAUGAUCUAGAGUGUCCUCGUGUGGAGAACCUGCAGAUGUUUACCCGAUUCUUUUCUGGGCUGUUGAGGGCUCGGCUCUCAAGGCUACUAGAGGGGAUGGUGGAAAACAGUUUUGGGGGUGAUGAUGGGGAAUUGCCCUACCAGCUUGGUGAUUGGUUUCAGUGCCAGUUUAAAAACAGGAAUCUCCCCAAUCAGAUGACUCUGAACCUCCUCCACUGCCUGAUGGAGCUGCACUUGCAGGAGACCACCGGCAGGGCAGCACCAGAGAUUAGCAGGCUGAACCUGUUUAAGAUGAAGCUGAGUGUGGUGGACUGUGCCGCUGUGCAUUAUGUACUGCAGUUCUCUAAACACCUCCUGAAGGAGCUAAACCUUGGCUACUCCAACAUCGGUAACAAGGGCUUCAGCCGGCUCGGGCCAAUCCUUCAUCGCUGCGAGUCACUGUACAUACGCUACAAUUGCUUGGGGACAGAUGCUGCAAUCUUGGAGUCCACAGUUCUGAAGUCGGAGGACUGUCAGGUGAAAAAGCUCUUCAUGUGUGGGAAUAAGUUGGGUCCAGAGGGUGCUCGGGUGUUGUGGGAAGCACUAGAACACAACAACAGUGUGGAAGAGGUUUAUCUGGACAUCACCGGCAUCACAGAGUCAGGCACGGAGAACCUGGUCCAGUGCCUCAGCAAGAACACAGCACUGAAGAGUUUAACUGUUGUGGGGAAUGACCUUGGCGAGGUUGGCUGGGAGCGGCUAAGGGACCUGGGCCGGGUGAGGCCGGACCUCCGCAUCAUCAGCCACUUCGUGGAUGACUUGGGGCUGCUGGAGGCCUACCUGGGCUGGGUGGAGGAGAUGCGGGCAGACCAUGACCAGAUGGAGUCAGUGAAGAACGCAGAUGCUCUCCAGUCUGUCCUGAAAGGCCUGUGGCUCAGCGAAGGAACCGGAGAGAACACAGUCAAAGCCAAAGAACUGGAGACCAAAAUCCUGCAGCUGCUGGAGAACAGUGAACUGUCAGCAUUGAGCGCAAAAUGAGGAAACUACAAACUGAAUUAACAUUUCAGUCAAACUAAUUUACAUGGAAAAAAGAAAUGACACAAGACAAAGGUUUCACUAUCAUUGUCAAUUUGUACAUGUGUAUAUUUUUUGUAUCUGCAGCAGAAAUAAACAAGUACAAUUACA